ACUGUAGAUAUUAUUUUCUCUUUCCUUUUUUUCCCCAUCCGUACACACAUCACAUUUAAACACCAGCAACGCUGCACUAAUAUGGGUAGACAGCUUUUUCGCAAGGCUGCAGGGGUUUCAGGUGUUAUUUGGCCCGCAGUUGCGCACCCAGCUCACCCCGGCCAGCGGCAGCUUAUUCGACAUGUGAGCUUCGUCCCUAGAGUCGCGGAGCUAUCGUUCUGGAAAAGCCUCGUACCGAAACCAUUCCGGCGUUGGGAACAGCCGGGGAGCUCGAGGAGUCGAGAGAAGCCAAAGACGAAAGAAUGGAACCCGGCUACCUUCUUCAUCGUCAUAUUCCUCUUCAUCGGGUCCAUGUCCAUCCAGAUGAUCGCCCUAAAGAGGGAAUUCGAUGCUUUCAUGAGACGCUCCGAGGUUCGCAUCGGACUGUUGCGCGAGGUGGUGGAGAAGCUACAAAAAGGCGAAGCGGUUGAUGUCGAAAAGGUACUAGGCACCGGCGACGCUGCGAAAGAGAUGGAGUGGGGACAAGUACUGCGAGAGCUCGAAAGGGACGAUUUCCAGAAUACGAACACCAACAAGAGGAAACAGCCGGAACCCCCAACUACGGAGCCGGCCCCUCGAACAAAAGUCAAUCCGGAGGACAAGGAGAAACGCCAGUCGAAGACUGGAGGUUAUUCGAAUUUCUUCUAGCCUACGGCCACCUGCAUGGCAAGAGAAAUCUACAUUGCA